AUGCAUGAAGGUCGUGAGACUGAGACUCAUACAACAUAUGUUUGCUCAAAUGGUUCUACAAAUACAUACGAAUAUAAUGCAGACCCACAAUACGAAAGCAGCGAUAAAGAUAAAUUUCCUCAUAAGAAUGAAACACCCGUGGGCAGUGAAACCACCGAUCACUUGAAUUCAUCAUAUUUACAUUCAAAUCAAUCUUCUACUGGAAUCUUUGAUUAUCCCAAUGAUCUUAUAGAUUUAAAUAAAAUAAAACAUGAAAAUCUUUUCUCUGAUAAUAAACUCAAGGAUAUAAAUGUAAUUUAUGAUCAAGCUGCUACGAAACUAAAAGAAAAUUUAACUGUUCAUUAUCAGUCAGUACAAAAAGAAAUCAUGUCAGCGGUGAAAGGACUUUUUUCGGUUGAAAUGCAUCGUAUAAAAUCUGAUAUGAUUAAACUGCAUGAACAAGUGAUCAGUUUAAGAGAUCUUGCAAGAAAUCAUGAACGUACAAUUGCACAAAAGGAUCAACUAAUCAGUGAGUUAACUGAUGAAAUAAAGAGAAUGAAACAUAAUAUGCAAGUCAGUUUGAAAGAACAAGAUGCUAAAAGAAAAGAAUUUUGUAUCCAACUUGCUGAUCGUUAUUAUAAACAGCGUAUUUUAAAACAAGCAAUUAUAGAAUGGAAACAAUACAUGGAAUCUACAUGGAAACAGAGGAAUUUUCGACGUUUAACUCUUGAAGCUCAAUCUGAAUGUAUUAAAAUAAAGAAGGAAUUCAAUGAGAAAAUUCUUCAGCUGGAGGCUGAAUUGAAAAUCAGUCAAAGUGAAUUGGACUCAGUGAAAGCUAAACAGGCCAGUGAACAAGCUGCACUGAAAACAGCCUUAAUGCGUGGUGUUUGUGCAUUGAAUAUGGAGACUAUGGCUGUUUUCAAUGAAACACUAACGAAUUUAAACAAAGAACAUGAAAAUAAGCGAUCAAUUUUCAAUGAACACGACAUUAAAGAACAGAAUUCUACGCAAGAUCCUUUUCUAUCUUUAACUGAAAUGAAACAAAAGAAUUUCACUGGAAAUUAUCAGUUGGAUAAGUCAGAGAAUAUGAUAAACUUUAAUAUACAACACACUAGUAAUCAUCAGCAUCACCGUAUUGUUCAAUCAACUUAUCAAAGUAACAAUAGAUUAAUUGAUCAGAAUAAAUUGAAUCCUAUUGAAUCAUGGCCAAGAAAUACACUACACAAUUUUGAAUCUCCUUUCUAUGCUGGUAGUCGAAAGGACAAAUACACUAAACCGUUGAAUCAUUCAGCUGAAAUAUGUGAACGUUGGUUAGGCAAUCAAGAUGACUAUACUGACAGAAAAGAUCCACUCGACUUAUCUGACUUACCAAAUUAUAAAAUGACGAGUAAUUAUCUACAAAAUACUCAUGGUUUUUCAUAUCAAUUAGAUGAAAAAGUUUCCAGUUCAGAGUAUAGUGAAGCAGAACGAGAUGGACAGCUGGACUAUCAGCGACCAUCCAACACUGAUCUACUAACAAACAUUCCUUAUGAUGAUUCAUGCUACAAAAGUGAUAUAAAUUCUUCACGUUAUAAACAUGAAAAAACUGAUCAUGGUUUGUUCGAUGUGAAAAAUCAGAUUUCGGUGGAAAGUGCUAAAAAGAUGUUAAGUUCACGGAAUUCUUCAUCAAAUCGCGCUUAUUCUUCUACAGAAAAACAGAAUAAAUUAUCUGCAUAUCAUAUCAAAGCACAUACUGUACAACAUGGUAUACCAACAGGAAAUUUACCGAAUGGAUCAACAAUUGCAGCCAAUAUCCUGAUUCAUCGACAUCAGCCAGUUAGUCAAGUAUAUUUUUUUUUACCUGUACUAUUUUCAGCUUUAUCACACUGA